AUGCCGGUUAUCACAUCUGCAAGCCCAAGUAUUAUUACACCUCCCAUGAGCAUGGCUCAAUACUAUCAGCCCUCGGCCACAUACGCCAUGCCGCUUCUUUACUCGGCAGCACUAACGGCGGCGUUGUCCACUCCACCACACCAACCAGUCGUCAUGCCUGCAGGGAUCAUGAAUGCCCCGGUUACGCCGGGAAAUCAAGCUUACUUCCCAGGAUACUACUAUGCGCCCCCAUACGGGUAUUCACCCCCAUACAAUACCCAAUCAUACACUCCACAGAUGGCGGCACAAAGUUAUGCCCAGCAGUCACCAUACGCAGCUUAUAUGCCACCUUGGUGGACUUUUCCAACAUCCCAGCCGGCUUACAGUCAACCCCCACCUACGGCGGAACCUGUGUAUAAUAGAGGAAACGCAUCUAAGCCUCGUUUUUCUCCAAGCGGGGGCCCCAGCUCUACACUAAACAUCACCCCGGCUUAA